CCCCUCUCCCCGCGGCCGCCGUCGAUGGGUCCGCGCGGGGCGCGCCGUGCUGCGCUCGGGGUGCGCGGCCGCUGCCGCCGUGCGCGGCGCUCCGCGCGCCCGCAGCGGAGCUCCCCCGCGAGGUUCCGGGCGGGGCGGACCGCGGGGGCGCGCCCGGGGAUCCCCGCCCGCCCCGUCGGCGACGGCACCUUAAGCGGGGCGGGGAGGGGGCGGGGCCUCAUUUGCAUGAGCGCCGCCUCAUUUGCAUGGAGCGCGGCGGCGUCACCCGCGGGCGAAAGGGAAAAAGUGAGCGCGGGGCGGGGCGGGGCGGGGCGGCCGUGACGCAGCGGGCGCCGCCAUUGACGCAACCGCGCGGCGCGCCAAAAGUGCCCGAAAUAGCCCCGCGCCCCGACGGGAUCCGCGCGGCGGGAGGGGAUGGCCGGGGGGCCCGCAGAGCGGCCCGGCACGAGGUCUGCCCUCCUCUGUUAUCCGUGCACCCAUCAGCUCCUGGGAGUCACUUUGAUGAAGGAAUCAGAGGAAAAUUGGAAAAUACCUUCAGCUUGAGGCCUGAGUCAAGUGCUGUUAUUAAUAGCGUGUUUAAUUACGAGUGGCAUCUAAAUCAGGAAUCAAAGCUUUUAGUGUUAUUCAAAGUCAGCAUCACACACAGAAGAAAUAGUUGGCUGCUGCAAUCAGCAGUGAUGAACAAUCAUUAUGAGGUGCAAAAGGAGCAUUGUUAAUAGGAGGCUACAUCUCCAGGUCAGUUUGACUGCACGAUUUUAUGAGCUUAAAGACCUACACACCUCAACUUCAAGAAUUAUUUACUCCCAAGAUAUUUACCUCUUCCACUUCUUUCUGAAAAUCAUAAUAAUAGCAGUAACUCUGUUCUGCAUUCCAGGCAUAAGCUGAAGAACAGGAGGAAAAGCAAAGCAAGAGAUUCCCAUGUUGAGACCAUGGAGCGCAGGAAGCUGCAGUGCUGUGCAGCCAUCUGAACUCAGAGUGAUGUUUGACCUCAGAUGAUGAACAGCAGCUUUGCCUUCUUGCUGUGCAAUGCCAGAUCACCAGAAAAGACCUUAGCUAAUACUUGUAAUGAUAUCGUGGCUCAGAUUGGGUGUACGAGCAUGUUGUAUGCUGCUUAACAGCAGAAGGUGAUGGGAUUCGAUGGAGAUGCAUAUAUGUAUUUCCUAACCUUCAGCAGGAACAGCAAAGAACUCUUGUUCCAAGAAGGAAUUCAGAAUAUCUCCUCCGCGUUCUACCUCUGCAUGCUGAGACAGAGUGAGAACUGCAGUCAUGGAGUGAGAAGACUCACAGAAGAGGUCAGUGCUUACCAUAACAACAGCGGUGCACUUUUGCAGGGCUGUGGUAUUUUCCAGGGUGUUGUAGUUGGGCAUUCCCUGCACAAAGCAUGAAGGACCGUGCCAUGCUGACAUGCUGACAAGGCAGCCUCUGUCCCGGUCUCACAGGCAGCACUGUGAGCUGGAGUUGCCUUUAGCCGUCAGAUACAUCAGCUUGAUAAUCUGUGCAAAGGUGUGUGGUUGGUACACCCCAUCUGUCUGAGUUCUACAACAAGUCCCUGUUUGCAUCAAAUUCUGGACUGCUCGCGUCCCUCUCUGACUACACUGGAGAACAGCUGAGGUCCCUCUCACUGAACGCUGCUUCCCAAGGGCUGAAUUCGGAUGAGAAAACCACUGUAACACUGGGUAAUUAAUUUGUCGGCCAAAUAAUUUCUGCAGGGCUAUCACUUACUUCUCUGUCUGCAACCCCAAUGAAUCUCCCAGCUCGCAGCUUUAAUCCCAUUUUCUGCCUUUUAAUCUCAUUUUUUCACUCUAAUUUUCAUAGCUCCUACUAUUCAGUGGGAAUAACCAGAGCCAGGUGAGCACGGAUUCUGUGGCACAUAUUGAAUGCCUGGAGACCAACAACAGAGCUCCUGGAAUGGAAUUCCUCCAUUCCAGGCGGUCCACUGCAACAAAUAAUGGACUCAACAAAAAGAACAGCUAUAAGAAUAAAGGAGAAAGAGUGAUUUGUA